AUGGCUAACGACCCAACUUCCAGCAACGAUCUUACACCGACGGAUCAUGUACCCAUACCUUUCUCCGCCGAACAGUGUUCGCAAGACGGCAAAAUCCAUAUUCUUCUAGCAGCAAGUGGAUCGGUUGCAACGAUAAAACUGCCUUGCAUCGCCGAAAGACUUGGACGCCAUCGAAAUGUUUCAAUUCGCAUUAUUCUAACAGAAUCAGCGGCGAAAUUCUUAAUGGGCCAAAGUCCGGAGCAGCCGCCUUUGGAGACCUUGCGACAGAUCCCCGGCGUGGAUGCUAUCUAUCAGGAUCACGACGAAUGGAAGAACCCAUGGACUCGGGGUAUGCCAAUUCUGCAUAUCGAGCUAAGAAAGUGGGCACACUUGCUACUUGUUGCUCCUCUCUCUGCCAAUACAAUGGCGAAGAUGACAAUGGGCUUCUCGGACAAUCUUCUUCUCUCUGUACUCAGGGCCUGGGACACAACUGGAGCUGUGGAUUCGAGCUUCAAGAAAACAAAGCCCAUUGUGCUCGUAGCGCCUGCGAUGAACACUGCAAUGUGGAAUCACCCUAUUACUAAAAAGCAGCUUACUAUUCUACGAGAUGAAUGGGGCCACGACGAACCAACCCAGGGAGGCUGGGUGUCGAUCCUUUAUCCUACUCAAAAGACACUUGCCUGUGGGGAUAAUGGAAUUGGGGCUAUGAUGCACUGGAACGAGAUAGUUGGGGCCGUUGAAUUUCAUUUUGGUAUAGGAGACUCAACCCCGAAGCAUGACACCUGA